CUGUCACUGCGCCUUAGCUCCUGUGGUAAACAACUUUGGGUAUAAAAGGGGGGUUUGUCCAGCCGGAGAAUACUCAACGUCAACAACCCCUUCAGAGUCACUGUCUCUUUCGCAUAACAGCUAACCACUCUUACCAACCAACCCUAACCCCAAUGUCUCGCUACGGGGAAGCCCACGCCAACCCCCAGGGUGCCGGCGACGCCCGCCCAACUGCCCUCCAAAUUGUCAAAGACGCCGAAAUGGAAGGCAAGCUCAAGGGCAAAGCAGCCGUAAUCACCGGCGUCUCAUCCGGCAUCGGCACCGAAACGGUCCGCGCCGCCGCAGCAACAGGCGCAACUCUCUACCUGACCGCGAGAAAUCUAGACAAGGCGAAAACAGUCCUAGCCGACAUAUUCAAGCCUGAGCAGAUGGAGUUCGUCGAAAUGGACAACUCCUCCCUGGAGAGUGUCCGCACCGCGGCAAAGACUAUCCUCUCCAAAACCAACAAAGUGAGCCUCCUCAUCAACAACGCCGGGAUCUUGGCCCCGCCGGAACUCUACCUCUCAAUGGAGGGCCAUGAACUGCAGUUUGUAACAAACUACCUGUCUCACUUCUUGCUCUUCAACCUACUCAAACCUGCGCUGCUGGCGGCCAGCACUCCGGAGUUUCAGUCGAGGGUCGUGAAUGUGGCCUCGGACGAACAUAGACACCAUGGUAUCCCCGCGUCGGAUAAUUAUAGCUUCCAGAAGAGCGAGUAUGAUCCCUGGAAGGCAUAUGCACAGUCGAAGACUGCCAUGGUCUACAUGGCGAAUGAGAUUGAGAGUCGGUACGGCUCACGCGGGCUUCAUGCGCAUAGUGUCCAUCCCGGUGUUGUUGGUACCAAUCUGGGGGCCUACCUUAGCGCAGAGAUGCAUCAUAUGAUAAUCCACAACGAAAAGUGGAAGCCUCUGUGGAAGAGCCUUGAGCAAGGUGCUGCUACAACGGUCUGGGCGGCGGUCGGCACAGAGCUGGAGGGCAAGGGCGGCAAGUACCUUGCUGAAUGCGCGGAGGCAGUUCGUGGGCCCGAGGGUAGUCCGGAUCAUAUGGGAACGUUUGUAGGCCACACGUACAAGCCGGAGGAUGAGACUCGGCUGUGGAAGAAUUCAUUGGAACUGGUGGGAUUGUCGGAUGAUGCGUGAUAUUGAAGUAACGAAGCCAAGGUAAUUU